ACUAGCAGCUCUGCGCUUGACUCUUUUGUACGCUUACAUCUCGUUAAAUGUUAAAUUGCAAAAUAAAAACAUUAGCAUCGUCUUGUUGCCGUGAAUUCGUAAAAAUAUAAUAAAAUUCCAAAAAAUAUACUUUUUCAAACAUAACACUGAUAAUUGAAACCAUGGAAGAAGAAUAUGACGGAGUGACAGAUUCGCCAAAGCGGGGUCCAACAUUAUCUACGUCGACGUCCAGCUUCGAACCGUUCGAUGCACACGACCCAAACCUAUCCCGGUUGGCGACCAAAAUGUUUCAGAAAACCGGCGAUUACAUCUCUCACGAGUUGAGUUCUACCGUAGAGGAUUACAAGCUGAUCGAAAACAUGAACAAAGCAAUGAUGGGAAAGGUUUCCGAGAUGAGACAAAUGUCGGAAUCCAUUGCAGCCAAGAACGGUGAGCUUAACCAGAAGUACGAAGAAUUGAAACCUUUAUUAAGGAAGAUAGAGGAUAUCGAAUUGACUGUCGAUAAACUGGAAGCUGCAGCAUACCAGCUUGACGCAUAUACGAUUCGGUUAGAGAACAAAUUUAAAUCAGUGAAAGCUAAGAAAUGAUUGAGUUUCUGUGAUAUGUUAGCUAAAGUGAUUAUUUUUAAUUUGAUUUCUUGUACAUAAAAUUUCAUAACAUGUAAUUAUUUCACUCAUAGUAGAGAAUCUGAAAUUAAAUCAUAGUCUUACUGCCGAGGUAUUAGCAAUAGAUAAUUGUAUUCACAAGUAGUUAUAUGCCGUAAUAUGUAUUAAAUGGUGAUUAUUUUACCUA